AUAUAAUUGUUGUCCAGCCGACGAGCUGAGCUGCAGGAGGAGAGAGAGAAGAGAUUGAGGUGGAAAUCAUUCACAUCUCUGAAUCAAACGUUGGAAACAUCCACAAGAAAACCUUUUCUAUCAUCAUGGAGCAGAAACAAACCAUCAACUUUGGAGCAGGACCUGCAAAACUCCCUCAAUCUGUGCUGCUUCACGCACAGAAGGAGCUCCUCAACUUCAGCGGCCUCGGUAUCAGCGUUCUCGAGAUGAGUCACCGAUCAGCAGACUUCAACAAAAUCCUCAACAAGACAGAGAGUCUCAUGCGAGAGUUGUUAAACAUUCCAGACAAUUACAAGGUGAUGUUCCUGCAGGGCGGCGGGUCGGGACAGUUCAGCGGCGUUCCUCUCAACCUGAUUGGCCUUAAAGAGGACAAGUGCGCCGACUACCUGGUGACCGGGACGUGGUCGGCAAAGGCAGCAAAAGAAGCGGAGAAAUACGGCAAAGUCAACAUUGUCCACCCGAAGCUGGACAGUUACACGAAAAUCCCCGACCCCAGCACCUGGACCCUGAACCCCUCCGCCUCCUACGUGUACUACUGCUGCAACGAGACGGUCCACGGCGUGGAGUACAACUUCACCCCUGAAACUAACGGGGUGACCCUGGUCAGCGACAUGUCCUCCAACUUCCUGUCCCGACCUGUGGAUGUGUCGAAGUUUGGGCUGAUUUUCGCCGGAGCUCAGAAGAAUGUGGGCUGUGCCGGAGUAACUGUGGUCAUCGUGAGAGAGGACUUGAUAGGCCACGCUCUGAAAGAGUGUCCCAUUGUCCUGGACUACAAGGUGCAGGCUGAGAAUAACUCCCUCUACAACACACCGCCGUGUUUCAGUAUCUACAUCAUGGGUCUGGUUCUGGAGUGGAUUAAGAACAACGGCGGCAGCGCUGCCAUGGAGAAGCUCAACAAGCAGAAGUCCUCCAUGAUUUAUGACAUCAUCAGCGCCUCUAAUGGUUUCUAUGAGUGUCCCGUAGACUUGGCUUGUCGAAGCCGCAUGAAUCUCCCAUUUCGUGUGGGGAAGAAAGAGGGAGACGAAGCCUUGGAAAAGGAGUUUCUGGCCGGCGCAUCCAAACGUGGAAUGAUAUCGCUGAAAGGACACAGGUCAGUUGGAGGAAUUCGUGCAUCUCUGUACAACGCUGUAACCGUGGAGGACACUGAAGCCCUGGCCACCUUCAUGAAAGAAUUCCUGAAAGAGCACCAAUAAAACAGGCCACACUAAGAGUCAGCUGAUAUCACACAGCAGCAUUACAACACUCCGGUUAAAAAAAGCCCUCAGAGAUCCAUGUUGGAUCUGGAAGAUGCACCUUUAGACACACGUUUUGUAAAACCCGUUAAUUGUCCUCAAUAAGUUUUAACCACUACUCUUGUCAGAAAUGUCUUAAUUACAUCUGUGUUUCAUAGAAUUCAUAUUUUAAUGAAUUUGUCGACUAACAGUGCUUUAAUGUACAUACUGUAGGUAAUUCCUGUUGUUUGUUCAAAAUCUAUUUACAUUCCAAUAAAUCUGACUUGGCAAUAUUUA